UGAACGACGAGCGAGGAAGGUCGUCGCGGCGCCAUCAUGAAGAAGCAGCUGACCAAACUCUUCAGUCGAAAGAAGACAGGCAGCGACGAGCAUGACUUGAACCCAACGACGUCGCCGCCGAGCAAGUCCCCCGCCUCAGUAACAACGAUGCAAACACCUGUGGACGUUCCACCACCGUCUCCGCCUGAUGCACGAUUUUCACGCAUGACAGCUCAAAUGAAAGACUUCGCGCUCGCAUGCAAGCAGUUCGUGACAACCGUCAAAGCGGAUAGCGGUGCAAACUCUGUCGUCGUUCACAAAUUCAUGGCGACGAUUCAUUCCCUGAAUGCGAAAGUGCAAUCGAACAUGGGUGACGCCUCCACGAGAUGGGUGGCUCUGUACUGUGCAAGCGACCUGGGCAUACCAUUGAGCGAGCAAGCGACGCUUCUUGCCCUCGUCGUCGAAUCCCUCAAUCGCAUUCGUCUGGCUUAUAUUGUCGAGCACGUGCACGAGCUAGCGACUACUCCUGGUCUCGCUAAGUUGCCCGACGAAGCUGUGCUGUGUCCGGCCGUCGGGACCCUCGGCGCAUGUAUGGUGGGAAUGCUUUCCAACGCAACUAUCUUAGAUCGACAGCGGUGUGAAGUUUUGAACGUGAUGCGUCUCGCUGUCGACUUGUACGCCCCAAGAACUACGUGCAUCCGCGACGUUGUGUCCAUGGCCGUCGACACGAUUGCAACCUCUUCGGCAUUUAAUGCAGGACUGGUCUGGUACCUCCACGACACCCAUGCCAUUGCGACCGUCGUCGACACGAUGAGACUGCUGGCUACAGCUACCGUGGUCACGUCCGAGAACGCCGACGUCGCCAUCGGGUGGUUUGAAGCUGCGUCCACCCAACACUCAUCUCUCUUGUCCUGUGCGCCAUCACCCCAUGGGAACAAUGCGGAAGACGAUGUUCAUGUGGCUGUGAGCAAAGCCCUUGGCCUCUACAAGGAGAAACCGAAGGACCCUAUUGCACCACUGGUCGACCCAGGAAACGACGUGGACGCGGCGCCACCUCGGCCACCCCAAAAUGAAAUACGUCCGGCUGCAGAAUCUGCCGCUACCUCCACAACGCCGCCGACAGCGACGUAUUCGCUGGUCAGCCAUGAGCCAUCGGUAGGCCACAAACUCGUCCUCACGAUAUUGCAAGCCAGUUGUCGGUUCUCGUUCGUCCUUGUGUUGGAUUUCGGAACGAUGGGAGGGUACAAUGUCGUGUGGUCCAUUGCGAACAGGUCGGCCAAAGACAAGAGCAGCCAAGGUCAAGCGGAGGACGGCAUGCACUUAUUCGUGGGGCUCCUUCCCCUCGGAGAAGGAGUGGCGAAGCCGUUGGAGUCCGAUGACUGGUCCUUGAACGCGUGCGGGGCAUGGAACGAUGCUGCUCUCAUCGCUUUGCGCGACUUUCUCGGUGUCCACAUUGAAGACGCGACGAAAACAGCGUUGCUCGCGCCAUGGCUAAACGUUGUGCACCAAAUUUACGCCACUCGAACCGAUCAAUUCAAACGAGUGGAGACCAAGACGCAGUUGGUGGCGUCGUUGGUGGCCAAGUUCCAAACGAUUGCGAGUCGACAUGCUCAGGAUGUCGUGCUGGCGUGUGUGCAGCACAUGGCAGUACAUGGCGCGACAAUGGACGUAACUCGAAGCAUCCUUGGCUCAAUUUGCAAUCUCUUUGCGGACGCUCAGGCGGUUCCGGAACUCGCACUGCUCCUGUGUAGAUCGCUGGCGACGAUGCUGCACCAAGUACCAACACCCGACCAUGCUUUGCGAGAGACGUUGCUGGAUGCUGGCUUGGUCGACCGAGGACUCGUUGCAGCAUUCAAGCAAAUUCAACAGGCUGAGAGCGCUUCCGUCGACGACGCCACAGGCAAUUCCAAGUACAUUCAAGAAAUCUGUGCUUUGGUGUGCCUGGUCCUGCACAAUCACGUGGCUGCGUGCACGCAAUUCCGCCAGCACCACGUGCAUUUGAUAUUGUACGUGGUGUUGACCGCGCGGAUCCACGACCGUGAGACCUUUCAAAGCGUAUUCAACAUUCUGGUGGCCCUGUCGGGGGUGACAAAGUCGCCGCUGCUCAUCGAAGGAAUUGAGGACGACGUGCGAAUGCUUCUGGACGUCAUGCAGCGCUGCUGUCGCGAGCACAACGCGCAAUCUCUGCACACCCUUUUAGCGUUGCUCUGCCAGUACCUUCGAAACAACGUUACAGUCCAACGCAUCUGGCGCGACAAGAUGUCCGGCAUGGAAGGGUUGCUGUCAGCACUGUCGACAUUGCAAGACCACGCGAGCGAUUUUCCCGUCCUCGAGACGCUGCUCUCGAUCGUGUCGAGCCUUUUGGAUGCCCCCGACACACGGCAAUAUGCCCUCGACCACCACAUCUACCACACAAUUGCCGACUGUAUUGUCGCGUCCGGCUGGCUAGCGUCUUCGCACGCAGCAGAUGUGUUGGCGUUCUUGAUGGGGCUGGUGUUCCAGACCACGAAAGGAGGGUCGUCCUGUGCACCAACGGUUGGCCGGUACAACCCCGACGCCGGGGUCAUGAGUUUUCGAGUGUAUCCGCACUUGGACCGUGGCCAACGAUCGGACGUUUUGUCGAGCUGGAUGAGUCAUCUGGAGAGUUUGACCAAGCCGAACGGCGACAAAGCCAAGCUCAUUGCGGCAGGCGUGUUUAAGUGGAUCCUUCCGCUCGUACAAGUGGAUCCGUUGCCACUUCUCCCAUUGAUUGCUGUGCUGGCAACGGUGGACAUCCCCAUGCCGCACUUGCGACACUACCUCCGUGUAGUGCACCACACCCCUUGCCGGGGCCUCCCGAUGCUCGACACGAUGUCAAAAGUACCGACUGUGCCACACACCGAACUCCACCACCAUUCGUACAUUCAAGUCACGACAUACGACAAGGUAUGGCCGCCGCCGUCGGGGUAUUCGUUUGCGUGCUGGUUUCAGUUUCCGCCGCCGGACGAAGCCCAAGGACCAAGCCACACGGUCACGGUGCCCAUGUGCGAAGGGCACCUUGUGAUGGACCAUGGACUCGGGCCAACGUAUGCCGUGCUGGUGGGGUCGACACUGAGUCUGUACCGAUGCAAGGAGGAUGCUGUGUCCGGUGCCAAGGAACUCGGGCUGUUGGAGAUUUUCGAGUACGCGGAAGAAGGAAUCGCUGGGUUUCGCAUUUGCAGCAAUGAUGACUGGUUCGCAGCGACUGUCGUCGAUCCCGACGGCGCGCCAGCGUGGAAGAAGGCGCUGCAAGUGUACUCGAAGCCAUACGUGAUGCUCGUGUCCAUGUAUACGUUGGACCAGCCGCAGUGCUUCACCCGAGUCUACUUUGACCCGGCAACAACGUGCUUGCGAGUAGAAACGUCCCAGAAGCACGUGCUGUUCAAGAACAUCGACAUCGGACUUUUUGCCCCGAAGAGUUGGCACCACCUCGUGUUCACACAUAAGCGCGCCGUCAUGGGCAGCUCUUUGGCGACGCUCUACAUCGACGGCGGCGAAAUUGGCGCCAAGAAGCUGUCGUACCCUGCCGUAUCAACGACGCCCGGCCCGAUUCGGUGCUUCCUCGGAAGCGACCCGCACUUGUUUCCGUCCACAAAGAUUCGAUCGAUUUGCCUUGGUCCGAUGUGGCUCAUGGGCGACGUGCUGCCGCCACUUGCGGCCACAUGCAUGUUCACGCUGGGCCCGGCCUAUAUGCACUCGUUCCCUGGCAACGGCACUAGCCAAGGCGCCAUCGACGAGUGGACGGAGACCACCCUCGCCGCCUUCUUGCAUCGGAUCAUCCAUCGAAAAGUGGAUGUCGCGAGGGCGGCAAAGCGACUGCAGCUUCGGAAUCUCGCGCUGGCAACGCAAAAGGACUGGCAAAGCGAAAUGGUUGUGUCUUGGAUCGACAAGGAAGACUCGGCCAUCUACGCCACGAUGUGGUUUCGAUACUUUAUCGACCGCCACUGCUCGAUGAAAGCACUCGGGAUGGAGUGGCUCGCACUGGUGUCGAGCUUCAAAUGGACGGAUGAUACGCUCGUGCUGUGGAAUCUCCAUACAGACGUUCCGAAUUCGCCGCAGACACACGUCCACUAUGCCGACUCGGAGCCCACAAUCCCUCUGAAUCUGGGCAAACUUGUCCCGAGUCUCGGUGGUCUCUGGUCGGUGCUGGUCCCCCUGGCGGAUUCCUUGGACACCACAGCCGACCUCCACCGAUUUCUCCGCGUCCUGACACGGUGCUUGCAAGCAAACCCGGCCACGUUGGCCUGGUUCCUCGAGCAAAAGGGCCAUGCGUGGGUUACGACCUUGCUCCUCCAACACAUGGACUUGGUGGACGCGUCCAUUCUGAAAGCCGCGGCCAAGCUUGCGAUCUCCGGCUCACUGAGCCCCCACAAGCAGGCGAAGCAGCCUCCGCCUCUCGACGCGAAAGUGGCACAUCCAGUUAUCAUCGACGUUCACGCUAUUACGAGCGUCCUGUUCAAUGUCGCGUUUCGCACGGCGCUGCCACGACCGCUCCAACGCGAGCUAGUCGUCCUCUUGGCCUAUACGAUCCAGCCCCAGAACCCCAACGCCGUCUUCAACGCCCGCCAACUGCGUCAGUCCCAGUUCAUCCAGUGGUGUCUCCAUCUCAUAUCCCAAAUCUGCCGGGCGGGCGACCCUGGAAGCGAGCUUAAGGACGACUUGCUGCUGACCGAGACCCAGCAGCUCCUGGCCACGUAUGUCCAAGUUGAAGUCCAUGUAGACGACAUGCUUCAAUACUCGGACAUGCUCCUGUGUGCGUUGAUGGAUGCGGACGCUGCUUCUCUGCGCUGCACGCUGCUACACUUCCUGGUGCACCACGUUGAAUCGUCCCCCGUUGUCGCGCGCACCGUCGUCGAUUCCGUUCUUUACCGGCUCCACCAAGACAAGAAGAAAGGGAUGGCGUCUGCGACGUCUCCCACCGGCAGUGGCCCGACCAGCCCCCACUGGUGCCCCCACGACUCGACUUUUUCAACAGACGGCCUGGAGCAUGUUCUCUUGGAGACGAUCUGCCGCUCUAAGCUCUCGCCCGACACGCCACAACAACCUGCCGACGCUCAACUCGCGUCCCGACUCCUCUUCACGCUGGCACAAGUCCAGCCUGCGUUUGCCAUGCACUUGCUCGUGAAUUCCCAGCUGCACGUGCGCCUCAAACAAGUCCUCGCGUUGCACGCUGGCCAUGCCGCGACUUACGUCCCGCUGCUUGCGUUUGUCGGAUUGAUUCCGCUCUCGAAUGUUGCCGUGUCGAGCGAUGGAUCCGGGGAUGACCUGAGCGGCACUGCUACAUUUCCUGCCAAGUACACCCCGACCGCGAUGGACCGCGAUUGCAUCGAUGCCGUGUGGGAUAUCCUCGGGCACUUGUGGCACAUCCGCCAAUGCACGCUGCCCACUGACACGACGACUGUCGCCGUGAUCAUGUGGCUCAACCAGAGGCUCCAUUCCGACAUGUUGUUCUUCCAGGCGGUGUGUCGAUCAAGCUGCGCGUUUUUGGCCGUCAUCCUUCGGUGCAGAGUGCUACCGACUCGUUCAACCACUGAGGCCACCGACAACGUGGCGCCCUUGCCAAUAUCGCAAGCGGGCGAGGUGUGUUUGGUCACGUUCGCAAACCAGUCACUCGUUGAGCGCGAUGACUGGGCAGACAACAUGUUGUUUUGUUUGCACAUAUGGCCCUCGACCGCAUCGCAACACGACUGGUUCUCGCUCGUCACUGCCAUCGUAUCCAACGCCAAGAUUCUGGAAGGUUGCGCGAGUGUGGUCGCGAUGAAAAACGUGUGCAGUUUGCUCUUGGGACUCCUCCGCUUGAUCGUGUGUCGCCGCAAGCGAGGCGACAAGUUGAAACGAGUCGACCCGACCCCGUCCAAGGUGAAAGCGCCAAACGAGGCGUGGCCCGCCGACCUCACAAGUACAGUCCUCGCGUUUGUUUGCCACGUGAUUCGUGCUAGCGAAAACGCGGUCAUGGCCAGCGUGCUUGGGGACGAAGCGAUCCAGCAUUUUUACAACGUGUUGGUCUUCUGCGCCCAGGCGUUCGUUCUGCAAGCGCUGUAUCCGAUGCAGCACGUCGCGUCGUGGCACUUGGACGUGCUGCGGGUCGUGGUCGCGUCCAAGGAUCAGUUCUUACAGCAAACGAACGUGUCGAACGUGUUGCUGUACACCGGGUCGGCCGCGGCGCCGCCGAUCGCCGACGCGUCGGCGUUUCGCCUGCACAUGCGGCAGUUGAGUUUGCAAGGCAGCCAAAAGGAGUUUGUGGUCGGGCAAGACUCGGACAAGUUGUUUGUGCAAUGCUUGGCGACGGCCUUGUUUCGCAUUCUCCUCGCCGACCCCGCCUGUUUUGAAGUCACGCAGCUCUGGCAAUACCUGCUUCAGCAACGCAUGGGCCUCGUCAAAGAGAUGCUGAUCCUUGACGUCAAACCGACGCUUCUCACAACGAUGUCGACGGCCAAGAAAGAGCCGUUGGACGUGUUUCACCACGGGUUCGACCAAAUUCUCGGGAUCGAUUCGCUCGACCAUUGUCAGUACCGAGUCUUUUUUCAGUGGAUCCAAGCGCAGUCAACGCUGCUCGAGGACGUUUUUUCCACACGCACUGACCCGAUGUACAACCAACUGGUCGACGUCCUGGAAGGAACGCUGUCGUUGAGGCAUCCCAAGCAUGGACAAUGGGCGAUUCGCGUCGCUGUCGACCCGCCAGCUCCGUACCCACUGCUGGAGUCGACAGCGCGAGACGAAUGCGCGGAUGAAGCAAUGGUCCAACUUGCGUCCGAGAAAGCAUCCGUCCGGCUGGCGCAGUUUGUGUCGAGCCAGCGCGAUGACUCCAAACAGUCCAAGGCGAAAUGGGAUCGCGAGCUCGCCAAUGCCAAGUACACACGAUCGCUGUGGUCGGAGCCGGUCGAAAUGCACGCGAGGCCGACGCAAACUGUGUACCAACUAUCGUGGGAGUACACGGCGCUGGAUGCGACCGAAGGACCUGGACGCAAGCGAGUGCGGCUAAAGUGGCAGGACACUCCGAUUCGACCAGGUCGAGCGUCCAGCAGUGCCCAGACCCCGUCAGGUGCCCCUGCAAAGAAGGCUGCAUCGUUCAGAGUGUCAAGUGAGGCGCGGCGGUACUUGGAAUUCCACGAUGCUGUUGAAGUGUACCGUCAGUGCACGUACAAGCACGACCUUGUCGAUCUGACAAAGUGCAAAUUCCCCCAAACGAGGGAGCUCCUCCGAGAACUGGUCACGCCCUUGUCGAUUGCGGCAGCAAUUUGCAGCGCCUUCUUGCAGGAAGGCCAAUACCAAUUGCUCGGAAUAUCUACCAUCGUCGUCCAAGAGAUCGACGCGAAUCUCCGUCUGCUACAGGACCACCACCCGUCAGUGGACCAAGCUACGGACAGCGCAUCGGGCGACCAUGCUGGAAACGAGCCGUCGCAUGGAAGCGAUGAGGUGGCAACCGUCCUUCCCACCACUCUCUUCGACGUGGCAGACUCGGAAGCCAUGCAAAAAGGCGCAUUAGCCAAAUCAACCUCUGGAAUGCCGCCCAUCAAGCAAGGCACGGAGGACAACCGAGACUCGGACGAAGAACUGUCCGACGACGAUGAAAGUUCAACCCAUCGUGAGUCCAUACUAGACCUCCGGACGAGCGAGAUCGAGCCGUCCUCCACUGCCGCCGCGCCGUCCCCAGAGACCUCCGCUCCAACGCCGCCUCUGGACGACCGCCGAUUUUGCGGUGCUUUGCUGCGCAUCCUGCACCGAAAUGACCAGACCCCCCACCACGCUUGCAAUGCCAUCUCGGUGGCAGGCAUGCAAAAAACGAGUGGCGUGUGGCUCAUGUGCGACGAGUCCCUGUACUUUGUUGAAGGCUACAUUGUAGUCGACGACCAGCAACAACUGACCAAAAGCCUUGCCGAUCUGCGGGCUGGCAGCGAAAAACCCGGCGGCGGCGUCAUGCAGAAGCCAAACACGUCGCUGACGAGCCCCGUCGUGUGGCGGCUCAAGUAUAGCGACAUCAAGCAAUUCUAUCGGAUCAAGUUUCAGCUGCGCCCUGUCGGCCUCGAGCUCGUCGACACGGGCGGAUGGACGUACUUUUGCACGUUCGACUCGGCGCGGUGUCGCGAGGACGUGUUCAAAGCGUUGUUCCAGAUGCCGAUUCACAACAGCAUCUACUGGGCGCACGUGCUGCGACCGGCACCGUUUCGCUCGAUGAAGCGACUGCGGCAAAGCCUGACGAAGAAGUGGCUCCGCGGCGCUAUGUCCAACUUUGAGUACCUCAUCGAGUUGAAUGCGCUAGCAGGGCGCACCUUCAACGAUGUGACGCAGUACCCCGUGUUCCCGUGGGUUUUGGCCGAUUACACGUCGGACGUGUUGGAUCUGUCAAAGGACGCCACGUACCGCGACCUGAGCAAGCCCAUGGGUGGCCUUGGCGCCAAGCGCGCGGAGCAGUUCCGAGAGCGGUAUGCCGCCAUGGCAACCGAUGGCUUUGAUGGGUCUCCCGCGUUUCAUUAUGGAACGCAUUACUCGUGCUCGGCGUACGUGACGUACUACCUCGUCCGACUCGAGCCUUUUGCAUCGAUGGCGCAAGAGUUGCAGGGCGGCGAGUUUGACAAGGCCGAUCGAUUGUUUCGCAGCGUUGGGGCAUCGUGGACAUCGGCGUCGUCGGAGAACCUCCAGGACGUCCGCGAGCUCAUUCCAGAGUUCUUCUUUCUGCCGGAAUUUCUCGUAAACGCCAACCACUUCGACUUGGGCACGACGCAAAAUGGCGACGCUGUCCGAGAUGUGCUGUUGCCGCCGUGGGCCCGCAACGACCCGCGCGAGUUUAUUCGACUACAUCGUCGCGCGUUGGAGUCCAAAUACGUGUCGGAAAACUUGCACCACUGGAUCGAUUUGAUCUUUGGGUACAAGCAGCAGGGCCAGGAAGCCAUCGACGCGCUCAAUGUGUUUAUGCACAUGACGUACGAAGGCACGGUCGACAUCGACAACAUCCACGACCCUCUCCUGCGGGAAGCCACCCUGGCGCAGAUUGAAAACUUUGGCCAAACGCCGACCAAGCUGUUUAACAGUCCCCAUCCACCACGAAAAGUCCCGCAGCUACAAGUGCAUUCGUCUCUCUCCUCACUCCUCACACACGCCCAAGAUCUCAGCAUGAACGCUCAGAGCAGUAUUGAAGCUUAUGUCAAGUGGCACACGCCCCUCGCACCGCCGCUCGUGUCCAUCGGGAAAGAGUAUGUGUAUCUCAAAAAGGCCCACGCUGCUCAAGUUCUCGACGAGCCCGUCGGCGACGUCAAGGUGACAGCUGACAACAAGUACGUGUGCCGUGGCCAGCGCUGUGUGCUCGUGCCCCCUCGCCACAAAAAAGUGGUCGACUGGGGCUUAGGCAACGGAUCCAUCGCUCUGCGUUCGGUCAAGUCGAAAGGGUCCCUCGUCGUCGUCGAAAACGUCCAUGCGAGCGCAAUUCGAUGUGGCGCGUUUUGUGCUGACGGGUUGGUUUUUGUCAGCGGGGGCGACGAUGCUGUCGUCAACGUCCUCGAGUGCAGUAAGGUCCACGGCGAGAGGGUGCUUACCCACAAAGGCAAACUGACAGGACACGAAGACGCAGUGACGUGCGUUGCCAUCGACACAGCGUUCAGCAUUAUCCUGAGUGGAUCAAAGGAUUGCUCGGCGAUCGUGUGGGACCUCCGGACGCGGCGGUACUUGCGGGAUCUGCGCGGCCACGACGCGCCGCUGUCGCAUGUCGGGGUGAACGGUGCCAACGGCAAUCUCGUCACCAUUGCAAACACCCAAGUGCGCAUGUGGUCGAUCAAUGGCGAUCUCUUGGCCGGCGCGCUCUUACCAACGCUUGGUCUAUCUCCUAUCACGGCUGCGCUGUGCACGACGUGCGAUAUGUGGCAAAACGGCGUCGUCGCCGUCACGGGGCAUUCGAAUGGCACGAUUGCGUGCUGGGGAGUCAAGUACCCCACAGACGCCGAGGCAGCGGGCCCGGACGUGAAGCCAACGUUCAGUGUGACCGCAGACAAGUUUCGAGCAAGUGGCAACGCCGUUGUCGUCGCCCCAUCUUGCCACCUCGUCGUGAUGAAGCUCCUGGUCGAACACCGGUCGAGUGUGACGGCCCUUGCGAUGACCCCCGAUCAGCGCCAAGUUAUCUCGGGGGAUGCCGACGGGUGGUGCAUGCGAUGGAUUGACGACAGUUUGACGAGUGGCGCGACGUAAGCGAUGAAAUAUUGAUCCAAACACAUUGCGCA